GCCGACAAUUUGCUGACAAAUUGUCAUUUCUUUCUAAUGAAUAAAUAUUUUUUUACGCAGACUGACAAGUGAAUUCAAGAUAUUUUUAAGGUUCUGCAUCUCUUAUAAAAAACCUCGUCAUGGGUGAGUAGGCUGUCUAAAUUGAAUAUUUUUUGCGUUCAGAACUUGUUUGUAAUAGUGGGCGGUGUUGUCUUGUCAGUGUGUCUUGUGACUAUGUCGAUUUGUGUAGCUUCGAGCGAGGUGACGAAGCUUCAGCAGCACCUGGCGCUGCUAAAGGAAGAGUAUGGGAAGCUACAGAGCCAUUGCGCUGAAGUGGAGCGCAAGUAUACGCUGGCUGCUGCGUCGGCCGGUGACCUGAGCGAGACGAGCUUUGUGGCGCGCCUGCUGAUGACAGUGGCCACUUUGUAUGGCAGGGAGACAUACUCUGAUAUUACUAUCAAGCUGCAGAGCAAGUCCAUGCCUGGUCAUAAGUUCGUACUGAAUGCACGCUCUGAUGACUGGAAUGAGGAAGCCCUUAAAAAUCUAGAAGAACUAGAUUGGACUACCCUCCCUGAUGAGAUAGGUGCUGCUCUUCUUAAAUGGUUAUACACAGAUGUGGUUGACUUGUCCCGAGGAGAUUCCUUUGCACUUCAAUUGAUGAAAUCGGCAGCAGGCUUCAAGCUCCAUGGUUUAGUUGGAAAGUGUGAACAAGCCCUGAUAGCGACUGUUGGAGUUAGAUCCUGUGUAAAGUUUUAUUCAGCUGCUGAUGAGAUUGGUGCAUCAGCUCUGAAAGAGCACUGCUCAGGACUUAUAUCGGCUCAUUGGGAUGAUCUUACAGGUGAGGACUUCGCGCACAUGUCGUCGGCGCUCCUGUACCGAAUGCUGAAGAGUAAGACCUCGCAGCCGCUGCACGGCGCCGUCAGAUUGCUGCGGGAAGAUGUCGUGUUCCUGUGCCUCGUCGAGAACCACGCCAACAUUAAACGUUAA